AUGGAGCUGGAGAAGCUUUGUAAGGCUUUGAAAAAGCGUGAAGCUCGCUUCAGCAACCGGAGAAUGUUCGUCCUCCCGGGCACACAGGAAGCCCCCAGGACACAGGUGGGGGCACUCGGCUCCGUGGAGCGGCGCUUAGCUGAGGGUGCCGGGGUGUCCCCGUGUCCCAGUCCCGCCUCCCGCCCGGAGGAAGGGCCGGAGUUGAAAGGGAGGGGAGCUGUGUGGGAGCGGGUCCGGGACGGCGAUCAGUCCCCGCGUGCGCCCCCAAGCGCGUCGGCUGCUGGGACAGUAGAGCCGCCCCCGGGCAGCCAUGUGUCCUCGACCCCCCUGAAAUUCCUCAGGCUCCUCUGGCAGCCGGAUCGCCCCGCCUGGGGGAGCCGUCCCCCAGUCCCUCCACGGAAGGAGGACGGGGCGACGGUGCUGGGGUCCCUGCGCGGGGCCGGCUGCUCCAUGGCGGAGGAUGUUGACCUGAAAGCGUGUCAGGAAACUUUGGAUGAAUGCUGUCCACACCAAGGAGAGAGUCAGCUGAAACUACAAGAGGACGAGAAGGAAGAAGACAUAAAUCAAAGCAGCCGCAGCCAUGCAGAUUCCCUUCUGUUCUUUGAGGGCCAUUUACAGCUUCUGCCAUCACAGAUGGAAAAUGUGCUGGAGACUACAGAUGGUCUAGUACAAGGCAACACCCUAGGGGAAAUAAGGCAAGACCUUCUUCUGUUACCUGAGCUCCCAGUAAGCACAGUAGAGAGCAUAAGAUGUUCUGGUCUUUGUGAACCCAGCAACUAUAAACCAGGCCCAAAAAAGGUGAGUUUACUGGAAGAUACGCAACUUGUUACUUCUAGUACAGGCCAAGAUCCAUCAUCCUCACUCCACAAUAUAAGUUUGACCCAGACAUUUUGCCACCGUUUCAGUCCUCAUGACGCCACCCUACUAAGGACAGACUACCCCACUCGAUCAAAUUCAGAAACAAGACAUUUACAUAGCCAAGUGUCUUUUCCUCAGUCAAGCUCUAAUAUCACAAUUUCAGAAUCACUACUUCAUGGGUCAAAUUUGACAGGGCUUUUUCCAAUGGCUGACAUUGUAAACUUAAUGGCUCAUGAUGAUAACUUUGAUGAAAUUAAACUAAUGGCUUUGAAGGAAGGCUUAGACACUGUAGUUUACCAGCUCUUUGAAGAACCUGAGCCAGAUUCAGGACUGUCUUUGAAUUCAAGUCACAGCACCACCUCUUACUCAGUCUGCACUGAAGGUGCUGUUGGGUACAGCAGUGCUGUUAAAUCUGUUUCUUCACAUGGCUUAGGAGUUGUUGGUGGCCAUAGCCAAGACGACAGUAAAUGUGGCCAUGUGGAAUAUCUGGGUGAUUCAAAGUGGUCUAGAGAAGACACACUUCAGCAGCUUCUUCAUAACCACACGUAUAAUCAGCUACCAAGUCAAGCAGCGUCCACUCUGGAGCAUCAUCAGCAGACGUGGAUGGAGAAACAAAACGAAGUGAAGGAUAGGUGCCAUAAUUCUACUACUGAUACAAACCUUAGCUAUGAUGAACACUGUGCAAAAGCUCUGAGAAUACCAUUUUCAGUGCAUGAAAUUGCAAGGAUGCCUGUCGACUCUUUCAACACCAUGCUAGCAAAAAACCGUCUGACAGAUACUCAGGUAUCACUUCUACGUGACAUCAGACGAAGAGGAAGAAACAGAGUUGCUGCCCAAAAUUAUCGUAAGCGUAAACUGGAUGCAAUUCAUAACUUGGAAGAAGAUAUAAAUGUUCUUCAAACACGAAAGGAGAGCCUUAAAGAGGAGCACUCUCAGUGUAGCCGAUCGAUCAAGUGGAUGAAGCGAAAGUUUAACAGCUUGUACCGUGACAUUUUCAGUAGGUUGAGGGAUGACCAGGGUAGACCCAUUGACCCAUACCAGUACGUCAUUCAUUGCAGUAGCAAUGGCAGUGUUUUAAUACCCAAACACUUGGUAAAAUCAGAACAGAAACAAGAUACCAAGAAAGGCAGAAGUAUGGGUGGACAUUUUCUAGGACUUGUCCACAGUCACCUUACUCAUACAGUAAAGCAGCACAAGUCACACAAGCUAGUUUGUAAAUGUACUAGGUCAACAGCAUUUGGGGACCCUGUCGUCAUAGCACUCUGUCAGCCCUCUGGUUACCUAUGCAAGUAUUUCAAAGUUCAACGUAAGAAACAGAAAUAA